CAUGCACAACACCUGCAGCAACAGCAGCAGUUGCACAGACAAAUACAUCUGUCGUACAACCACCACCACCACCACCAUCAUCAUCACAGCAGCCAUCGACUCCUAAAUUGGAUGCGCAGCCGAUGGCGGUAGUGGCACCCCAGCCCAAAAAACCAUUUUCCGCGCCGAAACCCACACGCAAGUUUUUCGUUUCUGAUGAUGACGAAGAAGAAGAGGAGGAAGAAGAUGAUGAUGAUGCUGCUCUACGUGUCACUGCUAUGGCUGCUACUGGGAACAACAACAACACGAUGGAUGAAGAUGGUUGCUGGAGCACUGUCCGCACAUACGAUCAAGAGUGUUGCACACCAACCUUUGCCAACCAUCGGUACGACAGUAGCUGUCUUACCCCUAACGCUUCCGAGACAGAUUUCAUCAAAAAGACUCCGACAUUGAUUGCCAAGCAGCAACAGCAACCCCGGCCGUCUUUGCUCUCCGCAAUGCUCACUCGACAACCACCAGCAGCACCACAACCUCAACAAAAACCAUCGUCAGCAUCCAUCAUGAACCGUAACAGCCAUCAUCGCCGACAACGACAACGACGACUGACUGCUUGUGGUGCGUCUCAAGAACCUGCCGAGCUCUCGCAAAGCUUAAAGUACUGCGUCGACUGGGAACAGCGUCAAAACGCCGUAUCGAGGGAUAUGGACCCAACAUUGCUACUGGAUCUUUACCACCAAAGGGGUAGUAGACCACGACCCACGUAUGACAACCACUGCUGGGAAAGCUUUCGAGGCUGGUAGUCACUGAACACAUCUCCAUCUCCUUCUUUUGCAUAUAACAGCACCGCCCUAAUCCAUUACGUACACGUACUUCUUUACUCAUGCAACUUCUGCUUUGAUCUUCCCCCUGCUUGUUCUAUAUCCUUGUACAUUCAUACUACAUCCACACUGCCCCUGUUUCCCAUGUAUUUUAGCGCUUCUUUACUCUAUACAUAUACAAAUUACUAUUUCUUUUUCUGCAUACUCUCUAUCUGUUCAUACACAUAAAGUAUACAAAUUACAUA